GCAUCAUCAUCAUAUCAUCAUCUUCAGGUUUAUCAAGACCUCGUCGCCGCCCCCUCACCCCACAAAACUCCCCAGUCCAAAGCUUCCAUUACCGCCAUUUGUCUCCCUCUCACUCCCCGCCAAAACAAAUCCUUCCUCUGUCACUCUCCCUCAUCUUCCACCCACGCAUGCAUCUCUCCACACCAUAAAUGUCUUCCCCACCCACAUCUUCAGCCAUGGCAGCCUUCCCAGCUCCUUAUGACCCUCCUUUCCUCCAACAUUACAGCUCCCUGUUCCCUGCUGCAGCUGAAACAGAACGCCAUGAAGCCGGAGGAGUCAUAGAGGAAUGCGAGCUUCCCGUUAUAGAUUUGAAAGAUUUGCAGCUAGGAGGUGAGGAGGAGAGGAUGGGCUGUGUUGCAGAGAUAGCUGCUGCUUCGUCGGUGUGGGGAUUCUUUCAGGUGGUGAAUCAUGGAAUCAGUAAGGAGCUGCUGAAGGAGGCGAGGAGGGAGCAGAGGAGGUUGUUUCAUAUGUCCUUUGAGAAGAAGAAUGGAUCCAAGGAUUUGAAUGAGUCUUACAGGUGGGGGAAUCCCACUGCGACUUCAUUGGAUCAGUUCUCAUGGUCUGAAGCCUUUCAUUUUCCUCUUUCUAAGCUUUCAGAGGGUGGUGGUUGUGAUGAAGACGAGUUCAGAUCUUUGAGGGAGUCGAUGCAGAAGGUUGCUGAUUCUAUGUCACAAUUGGCAAGGAUACUCGCCGGCGUGCUUGCCUACAACCUCGGAUGCUCAGACGACUUUUUCACCGAAAAUUGCAGGGAGAACACAUGUUUUCUCCGCCUGAAUCGAUAUCCAUCGUGCCCAUUUUCACCCGAAACUUUUGGUCUAAUGCCUCACACAGAUAGUGAUUUCCUAACAAUUCUCCACCAGGAUCAUGUCGGCGGUCUCCAAUUGAUGAAGGAUUCUAAAUGGGUCUCCAUCAAACCAAACCCAGAAGCUCUCAUAGUCAACAUUGGGGAUCUCUUUCAGGCAUGGAGCAAUGAUGUGUACAAGAGUGUCGAGCACAAGGUGAUGACUAAUAGUACAGUGGAGAGAUACUCCAUAGCUUACUUUCUUUGCCCUUCCUAUGACUCCAUCGUAAGUAGCUGCAAGGAGCCUUCUCGCUACAGGAAGUUUACCUUCAAGGAGUUCAGGAGACAGGUUCAAGAAGAUGUCAAGACAACUGGGUAUAAAGUGGGGCUCUCAAGAUUUCUAUUAUAGAAAAUUCUAAGUUGGGGCGCGGCGCAUGAUUUUUUUAUGUAUUUACAUACCUAACAUCUGAACUUCAACUAUUUACAUUUAUAACACCCAGACCAUUAAUAUCACUGUUACUAAUUUUUAGAAAACAAAACAUAUUUUCAUGCAUAGCUAAA